AACCGCGUCAUCCAUUUCCUUUCCUCCCCCAGGUGCACCCUCCGAUUCCCCAGCACCGUCAUCAAGAUCCAGUUCACAUCAUUCUACCAUAAACAGGAAGUCAAGGAAGACGCCUCAUCGCCCCCGCUCCGGCCGCUCUACCCUCAGAUAUCGCCUCUCAAGAUCCACAUCCCGGAGCCGGAUCUCCGGAGUUUGGUCAGCCCGCUGCCCUCCCCCACAGGCACCAUCAGUGUUCCCAAUUCGUGCCCCGCCAGCCCUCGCGGUGCCGGUUCCUCCGGGUAUCGCUUUGUGCAGAAUAUUACCUCGGACCUGCAGCUGGUAGCGGAAUACGCUGCAAAGGCCACGUCGGAGCAGCAGGCGGACGCGUCCGGCGGGGACAGCCCAAAGGACGAGUCAAAGCCGCCCUAUUCGUAUGCCCAGCUAAUUGUUCAAGCUAUCUCCUCGGCCCAAGACAGGCAAUUAACACUAAGUGGGAUCUACGCCCAUAUCACCAAGCAUUAUCCGUACUACAGGACGGCUGAUAAAGGUUGGCAGAAUUCCAUUCGGCACAACCUCUCCCUGAACCGUUAUUUCAUUAAAGUCCCGCGCUCUCAAGAGGAGCCGGGGAAGGGAUCUUUCUGGAGGAUAGACCCCGCUUCGGAAGCCAAACUGGUGGAGCAGGCGUUCCGGAAACGGAGACAGCGGGGGGUGUCCUGCUUUCGAACACCCUUCGGGCCUCUCUCUUCCCGGAGUGCCCCCGCCUCCCCCACCCAUCCUGGUCUGAUGUCCCCUCACUCGAGUGGCCUGCAAACACCGGAGUGCCUGUCCAGGGAGGGCUCGCCCAUUCCACACGACCACGACUUUGGCUCCAAGCUGGCCUCCGUUCCGGAGUAUCGAUACUCACAAAGCGCGCCUGGUUCACCCGUAAGUGCCCAGCCGGUAAUCAUGGCCGUCCCUCCCCGCCCGUCUGCCCUGCUAGCCAAGCCGGUGGCCUACAUGCCGGCCUCGAUUGUUACUUCUCAGCAGCCUUCUGGCCACGCCAUCCACGUCGUGCAGCAGGCCCCCACUGUAACUAUGGUGAGAGUGGUAACCACCUCUGCUAACUCAGCCAAUGGAUACAUCCUGACCAAUCAGGUGGCGGCAGGCGGAGCCCACGAAGCAACAGGAGCGGUCUUGGACUUGCCCGGGAUGGACGAGAAGCCGACGAUCGCGUUUGCAGCAAUACCCACUGCCAGCCGAGUUAUCCAGACAGUGGCCAGUCAGAUGGCCCAGGGCAUCCCAGGACAGACCGUCACCAUCCUCCAGCAGGCAGCGCCCGUCACCCUCGGACAGCACCAGCUCCCUGUCCGGGCAGUGACCCAAAACGGGAAGCAUACCAUCCCCACCAACAGCAUAUCUGGUGGCCCUUACGCCCUCACAAACCCACUGCAGCUCCUCGCAGCCCAAGCAAGCUCCUCGGUGCCUGUGGUCGUCAGCCAGGUGGGCGAGGCCGGGACGAGAGAAGCCGCCGAGCCGCCGAACGAGCCGGACGUCAAAAGGCCCCGGAUCGAAGAGUCCAGAGGAGGAGGAGUUCUGUUGCCGACUACCGGGGGCGUCAUCACUUCGACGGCUCCCCAGGGACAGGCUGCCGGCGAAUGAGGAGCGGAAGCAUCCCGAAAGGCAGCGCCGGGUCAGAAGAGGUGGGGAGGGGGAAGUCGGAGAGGCAAAAAAAAAACCUGCGACGGUGACACCUUGGCCUUUCAGAAAGAGGGUUUUUAAAAGCCCCUUUUAUACGAGAGCGUAAAGGACAGACCAGCCGUUCUUAGAAUCUCAAGGUGCCAAAACGAAUGGGAGAACCUCCGCCGAUUUGUACCUGGGCAUCCGUUCUGUCUUUCACUUUGGAGACCUUUCCCCCCCCCA